AUGGAGGUGGACAAAGUGGUGCGCUUGCCGAGGUUGUCCCGGGUCGCCGUGUGCGGUGGUACCCACGGCAACGAGCUCUCUGGGGUGUACUUGGUGAGGGAGCUGCUGAAGGGGAGGAAGGAAGUGAUGGAGAAGGAGAAGAAGAAUGAGGUAGAGGAGAAGGAGCAGCAGCAGCAGCAGCAGCAGCCCCCGUCAGUGUUGGCGGUGCUCGCCAACCCGCGGGCCGUGGAGCAGUGCCGGCGAUACGUCGACACGGACCUCAACCGCUGCUUCACCCACGCCGCCCUGAAGGGCCCCUCGUCGGGCGCCGUGCCCUACGAGGUGAUCAGAUCCCGGGAACUGAACGCCACGCUGGGUCCCAAGGGAGGCCCCGGCGCCGUGGAGCUCGUGUGCGACCUCCACAACACCACGGCCAACAUGGGCCUGUGCCUCAUCGCCUACUCCGACCGGGACUGGAUCUGCCUGCACAUAUUUAGGCACCUGCAGAGGCAGAUGCCCGAUAUACCGAUGAGGUACAUUCACUUUGACGUCUCCAACAAAGAAACGUAUUCCCUCGACUCGGUGGGGAAGCACGGCUUCGCCAUGGAGAUCGGGCCCCAGCCCCACGGCGUGGUGAGGUCCAACGUCUACGCGGCAAUGAAAGCCGGCGUGCAGCACAUGCUCGAUUGGGUCUGCUUCUUCAACUCGGGUAGCACUUUUGAAGGAGAAUAUGUGGACGUGUUCACCAUGAUCAAGCACAUCGACUACCCGAGAGACAGCGAGACUCGCAACAUCACAGCAGCCAUUCAUCCUCGGCUCCAGGACCGAGAUUUCUGCCUGCUCCGCCCAGAGGACCCGCUGUUCCAGACGUUCUCGGGGGAAACCCUGCGCUACGAAGGAAACGAGGCGCUCUACCCUUUCUUCAUCAACGAAUGCGCGUAUUACGAGAAGGGCAUUGCCCUGUCGCUGGCGAGAAAGAGGCGCGUGAUGGUUCCAGCCAUCCGGGUGCAGACAGAGGAACGAGCCCAGGUGGACGAGGCGGGGGUGGAAGAAUGA